CAGGCCAGAUUGCCCAAAAAGAAAGACUUUGAAUACUAGCCAUUCUUGUACUACCUGUUAAUUAGUACUGUAUUACCAGUAUAUUUAAUUACUGAUUAUCAUCAAAAUCUGCAAAAAAUCCAAGCUUUUAUCACAGCUUAAGGACAAUGGGUCCAGCUGUAAUCUUCAGUUUAGUCACAAGUCUGGUUUUUAAGAGAGACAAAAUGUUUAGUUUUGUAGGUAUGACACAAAUAAAGAGAGAGAGAUGCUGAUGCUGCCCUCUCUUUGCUGCUGCUCCUAACUUCCAAGCACCAUUGCUGUUUUUUUUUUUUUUGUGUUUUGUUUUCUGGGAUUUUUUUAUUUGCAUUUUGCAGUGAUAGAAAAAGGGUCAUCAAAAAAGGUCUUCUUUGGUUUUGGGAAUCUGAGAAAUUGGUCUUUUUUAAAAAAAAAAAAUGUUUAUUGUUAUUUGAAUUUUUGUUGAUAUGGUUUUGUUUUAUUAUUUGUCUUUAACUGUCUUUGGAUCAGAUUUCAAGAUUUUUAGCUCAGAGAGGUGUUGAUCUUGGGAGCAUCUGAAAAGGGUUCAAUCUUGAUUUUGAUUGUGCUCAAGUUUUUGGCUUAUGAAACUACUGUAAAUUCAGGAAUGGACCAAACAGUUGAAAGGUCCCCAAAUGCAACCAGGGGCUUUCGAGUUCAAGCUCCGCUGGUUGAUUCUGUGUCAUGCUAUUGCAAGGUUGAUGCAGGCUUGAAAACAGUUGCUGGUGCAAGAAAAUUUGUCCCAGGUUCUAAACUUUGUAUUCAGCCUGAUAUCAAUCCACGUGCACACAAGAGUAAAAAUUACCGUAGGGAGAGGACACGUGUGCAGCCACCCCUUAUUCCUGGACUUCCGGAUGAUCUUGCCAUUGCUUGUCUAAUUCGCGUCCCUCGUGUUGAACAUAACAAGCUCCGUCUAGUUUGCAAAAGAUGGUAUAGACUUCUUGCUGGAAACUACUUUUACUCUCUCAGGAAAAGCCUUGGAAUGGCAGAAGAAUGGGUCUAUGUCAUAAAAAGGGACCGUGAUGGACGGAUAUCAUGGCAUGCAUUUGAUCCAACUUAUCAACUCUGGCAGCCACUUCCUCCUGUUCCAGUAGAAUACAGUGAAGCCCUCGGAUUUGGCUGUGCUGUUCUUAGUGGGUGCCACCUUUACUUGUUUGGAGGGAAAGAUCAACUUAAGGGGUCUAUGAGACGGGUAAUCUUUUACAGUGCUCGGACAAAUAAAUGGCACAGGGCACCAGAUAUGCUUCGUAAACGUCAUUUUUUUGGCUCUUGUGUUAUUAACAAUUGUCUUUAUGUUGCUGGUGGUGAAUGUGAAGGAAUCCAAAGAACUCUUCGUUCAGCUGAAGUUUAUGACCCUAACAAGAACAGGUGGAGCUUUGUUGCUGACAUGAGCACAGCGAUGGUUCCCUUUAUUGGUGUGGUUUAUGAUGGAAAGUGGUUCUUGAAAGGACUGGGUUCCCACCGGGAGGUUCUAAGUGAGGCCUACAUCCCAGAAUCUAAUAAAUGGAUGCCGGCAGAUGAUGGAAUGGUUGCUGGUUGGCGUAACCCAAGCGUCUCUAUGAAUGGCAAGCUUUAUGCUCUCGAUUGUCGUGAUGGGUGCAAGCUUAGGGUAUAUGAUGAAUCUACAAAUUCUUGGAUUAGAUUUAUGGACAGCAAGUUGCACCUGGGUAGCUCUCGGGCCUUGGAGGCUGCCGCUCUUGUGCCCGUAAAUGGUAAACUCUGCAUUAUUAGAAACAACAUGAGCAUUAGUAUGGUUGAUGUCUCAAGUCCGGAUAAACAAGUGGAGAACAAUCCUCAUCUUUGGGAAAAUAUUGCUGGUAAGGGUCAUAUAAGAAACAUAUUCACAAAUUUGUGGUCAAGUAUUGCUGGACGGACUGGGUUGAAAAGCCAUAUUGUGCACUGCCAAGUGCUGCAAGCAUGAACACAGGAAUUCAGAUGCUUAUGCUUUCAACAGAGUUUUGUUUCAUCUUCUUUACGCAUCAUCUGAGUUUUGGUUUCCAGAAAGUUGAUGCAGUUCAUCAUAUGGAACUUCCUUUCUUGGCCUUCUCAAAUCAAAUUCUUGAAAAUUUAGUUUUGCAGACUUUGUUAUGUUUAUACAUUUUUCUUGAAGAUGAAUCUGAUAUCUGCAGCAAAGCUGGAUGGCGCUUACAUCCAGAAGAUGUCUUACAUUGGAUAUAUCUUUGUCUUGAAGACCCCAAAAAGCUCUUGAAGAAGAUUUCUUUUUGAAGUAAGCCCAUGAAUUUGAAUUCUGGGAAAUCAGUUGGUAAGCAUGUACUCAGAAACAGAUAAUGACUCGCCACUGAUGUCUAGAACAGAAUUCUGAGACCAUUUAUUUACAUUCAUUAUCAGUAGCAGAUAGCUUUUUCGACUUGUACACAUCUUUGCUAUUUGAAUCUGUAGCUUCUCGUACAUUGUUGGGGUAUCUGUAGCUCAUGGACCUUAUCCUCUGUGAAUAUCAAGUAUUACUUAUCAGUAGGUUAUCAACGAUACAAGAUGUUUACAUUGCA